CUAUCCCAAAGAUGAAGUUUAUUUGGCUCUUAGCUUUGUGUGCUGCAAUAGGCAAAUCUGCUGUCUGCUUUAUUCCUGAGUCCGAACAUAUCAAUGGAGAGAAUGGCUGGUACAUACCUAGAUCCGAUGGUAGCUUUUAUUGGAUAGAUAGGGCUGUAGCAGAAAUGGUGCUUAAAGCGGUAAGAAGCUUAUGGAAUGAUGAAAUACAAAAUGCUCCGGUCGACUUCUACCUGUUCACCAAGUCGAACCCCACCGAAGGGACCAAGAUCACAGCGACUAAUAAUUCCAUUAAAGAAUCCAAUUUCAAUGCCAAUAACCCAACAAGAUUUAUUAUCCACGGCUGGCGCCAGGACAGAUUAUCAGAUAUGAACAACAAGAUUCGUGACGCUUGGCUGAGCAAUGGCGAAUACAACGUGAUCGUCGUAGAAUGGGCUAUUGCACAAACAUUCUAUUAUCCUAAACCCGUUGAGGCUGUCCCCACCGUGGGCAAGAAGGUCGCCAACAUGAUCAAUUAUAUUGAGUCCGACCAUGGAUUGAAACUCGACACUCUGCACGUCAUCGGACACAGCCUGGGCGCCCAUGUGGCUGGCCAUGUUGGCAAGAACACCAAAGGCAAGGUACACACUGUCAUCGGUCUGGACACCGCUCUACCCCUGUUCUCCUACAACAAGACCGAAGAGCGUCUCUCCUCCAAAGAUGCCUAUUACGUCGAGUCCAUUCACACCAGCGGUGGCACGCUGGGCUUCCUCCAGCCCAUUGGUAAGGCCGCCUUCUAUCCCAAUGGUGGCAAAGCCCAGCCGGGUUGCGGUAUUGAUUUGAUCGGUAUCUGCGCUCACAGACGUUCUGUGAUCUACUAUGCUGAAGCUGUCUCCCACAAAAACUUUGGCUCCAUUAUGUGUGCUGACUACGAGGCAGCCGUUAACAAGGAAUGCGGUAGUACGUACAGCACCGUUCGCAUGAGCGCUGAUGGCAAUGCCGACGAGGUCGAGGGUGUCUUCUAUGUGCCGGUGAACAGCGAAUCUCCCCACGGCAAUACCAACUAAAUAGUAGUGUGACGCA